GUCAGUGCAAGAGUAAGUAGGUGAAAUAAAUGAUAGAGUAUACGGUAUUUGAUACAAUAGUUCUGUAUGACGUGUUUUGAGGAUCUACUAUGAUUAUGUGCUUUGCGAGUACUUUGGAUAAAAAACCAUGCAAUUCCAACGCCACUAUAACAAGAUGUUUGAUUUUAUUCCUGUUGGCAUUACACUUGUCAGUACUGUCCGCUAUGACAACAAACAACAGGAUACUUCUUAGUUCACUUCUCGUUGGAUCAGCGCUUGGUUUAUCUGUGUACGGUGAUUAUGAUUUUAGUCCAUCAGAGAUUGGCCUUCUGGCAACGGCUUUUCUGGCUAUUAAUCACCCUACAGCCCAACCGACAUCGACAUCAGUGACCUGCACGGCCCCUGGGUACACGGACCACCCACUGCUGGGAUGUUACCGAAUUUACUCAGAUACACCUGUUGUGUAUGAUACCGCCAGACAACAGUGUAUAAGUGACGGCGGGAGCCUCCUGUUGGUUAAUUCGGCACAAGAAGCCCAGGCACUGGCAGAACAGCUCGUUGCAAAGUCUUUACAAAGAACAUUUGUCCAAGGGUCAAGGAGGAAUGCUGUUGAUCCGUGGAAGGCGGAAGACGGUAGUCCACUACCUUACACCGGGCCAGACACAGUACUCCGACAACGAAACGACGCGGCUACCGUCCUGGUUAUGUUGGACUCUACACGAUUCGCUGCUUCUCUUAAUUCUCUUCUGUUCCAAUCCUUUACAUGUGAAGUAUAAGCUCUCCUUGACAAUUAAAGAGUUUUUGUCUAUUUUGUGUUAAAAUGGUUGUUCUGUCACGGGGUUUCAUUUCUAGAAACAGUUUACUUUCAGGAUCAAACUUCAUUAAAUCAUGUUCGCAGUAAUCUUCAAGAAACUAGUAUUGCAUAUAC